CUCUCUCUCUCUCUCACACACACACACACACACACACACAUAUGUAUAUACAUAUAUAUACACACAUAUCUUCACUGGCAAAGACAACUGAGGUGUCACUUUGUGCAGGCUGUGUGACAGUGACAAAAGUAAAUAGGGGAUGACAUCUUCUCAAAUUGAUCAGAGUCCUUUGGGGAUGACCGAAAAGUGGAUAGACGAUGUUAAUUGCACCAAAGUGGUGCACUCUGGGAUGGGCUUAGCACAGGCUGUUGGGAACCAGAGAGUUCUCUCCUUCUCUCUGGGUGGAUGUGAUCAGGGAAAGCUUGGAGAAAGUGACAUUUAUGCUAAGCCUUAGGGGUCACACAGAGAUUAACCAGACAGAGGUGGGGGGAUUAGAGGCUGAGACACUGUGUGCAGGAGGCCCUGCUGCAAUCCUAGAGAAUGCCUAUGAAUGCACGGUGGAGCUACUGAGGCAUAGAGAAUGGACCUCAGUGGGUUGGACCACAAGGAGACCUCGUGUGCCAUGCUAAGACGCUUGCAGUUUAUCCCCAAGCUCCAGGGAGCUAUUGAAAAGAGGUUUUAAGCAGAACACCAGCCAUGAUCAGAUUCGCGUGUUAAGGAGGCUCACCCUGGCAGCCUGUGUGCUGUGGAUUGGAGGAGCCCAAGCUGGGGACAGACAGAUCAGUCCGGAUUUCGUGGGAUUUUCUCUAUGGUUUUACAAAUCUGAGGCUGGCAGGGGCGGUUCUGGCGACAUACCAGCUUAGACAGAAAGGAAAAUCUCCGAGACCAUCUGCAAAGGCUUCCCCACUCAGCUGGAUCCCACUGUCCUUUGCUGAUGAGGACCUGUGUAACCAUACCCCUAUCCUCCUGGAGGUCUCAGCCCCCUUAGCUCUCAGAACUUAAUCCGGAAGGCUCAGGCUGGUCUGGGCCCCCUCGGACAGUCUGCUGGGCCCCCAGCCUCCUUACAGCCUGAAAUGCUGGGCCCCAGAGCCAAAACAUUGUCUUUCUUCUCACACCCAGCAGGCCGUGUCAGUGCACAGAACAGCCAUUGAAACACUGCCCUUGCCGUGUUAGUUACGGCCAGCGGCUUAGUCACGCUUCCAGGGUCCUUUCUUCUGGGACAAGCCUGCCCUUGUGCUCAGAGCCCUCCUCACACAGCAGCCCAGCUCGAGGCAGCUGCAGAGCCCCCACCAACCCUAAUAGCUACUUUAGAGAUGCCGCCAGCGGGAACCACAGCUUAAUGUCAACAUGAACACCGCGCAAGCCUGCCUCUGCCUCCGUGAGAGUCAGCGACCAGCCUCUGUAAAGGUGCUCCUGGAAUACGGAUCACAGCUUCACAGCAUCACAGGGAGGUAGCCCGCUGUGUGCAUUUAUUAAGCACCUUCAGUAUGCACCUGCCUGUGUGGGGCAUACUUGCGUUCUAUAGUAAAACUGUGUUUGAGGCUGUGCUGUGCAGUAGUUGAGGCACGGAUCUGGAGAGAAACAUUGGAAUGUUGGCUCUUGUGUUUGCCAGCUGUGGUGUUUCAGGAAAUUACUCCUUUUUUCUUUUCUUUUCUUUUCUCUUUUUUUCCCUAUCAGUAUAAUUGGGAUGUUACAAUAUCUAUCCCAUUAGAUUGGUGAGAGUACAGUGGCAUGACUUCAUAACUCACUUUGCUGAGUGCGUGGGGUCACUGGGGACUCAAUGGAAGCCAUGGUUGACUCCUUCCUUAUUGCUGUUAUCAUUCCUGGACCGUCAUUGCCACUGUCCAAACCAGUAUCAUCCUCACAUCACAGAUGGAGCUGAAGCCCAGAGAGGUUCAGCAAUUUCUCCUGGGUCACACAGCUGGCCAGCAGCAGAAGUGGGAUCUGAAACCUUUGUCCAGUGUUCCUGACACAGAGGUUACCCCUUUGGUUCCUGAGACUGACGAGGGCAAGGAGAGCUAAGGGAUGGGGGAAAUGGUGGCCCCUGGGCAGAAGCUACCAACAAGGGGCUUGCGGCUGCCAGAAAGAAGUGAUGGUGACAUUUGAAACCCACAGGGACAGAAGCCCACCAGUGUGCUGACAGGUGUCAAGAGCCAGGAUGCUGGGAUGAUGCCCUUGGAGGCCCUGGUGUCCCCCCUGCCCAGGUGCUAGGAGCCGUCCCCAGGCUCCAACUGGGAGCCCUGCUGCCCAGGGGCAUGGCCAAACCUUUCUUCAGACUCCAGAAGUUUCUCCGCAGAACACAGUUCCUGCUUCUCUUCCUCACGGCCGCCUACCUGAUGACCGGCAGCCUGCUGCUCCUGCAGCGGGCCAGAGUGGCCCUCCCACAGGCCCUCCGGGCUCCCGGCAGCCUGCAGGCCUUACCAGUGGCCACUGUGGCACUGGGUGUGGGUCUGCUGGACAGCAGGAGCCUUCAUGACCCCCAUAGUAGCCCUGACCUACUACUUGAUGUGGACACACUAAGGAGUCCUCUGGCCCGAGUGCCACCUGGAAUCCGCUGGCCCCGGAGAAACCGCAGCUCACUGCGGCGGCGCUGGCUCCACCACCUGACCAGUGACCCGCAGGGGCCACCCACCCUGGGCCCAGAGGCCUCUGGACCAGCCAGCCAUAACCAAGGCAAUUACCUGGGAUGCUUCAGUGAGGAGGGCCAGGAGAGAACCCUGAAGGGGGCAGUGUUUUACGACUUGAGAAAGAUGACUGUGUCCCACUGCCAGGAAGCUUGUGCUGAGAGGUCCUAUGUCUAUGCUGGCUUGGAGGCUGGAGCAGAGUGCUACUGUGGGAACAGGCUGCCGGCCACACGUGUCAGCCUGAAGGAGUGCAACCAGGAGUGCAAGGGGGAGAAAGGCUCCAUGUGUGGGGCUCUCCACCGACUCUCCGUGUAUAGUGUGGGGCUGCAGCAGUCAGGAGCCAAGAAGCGGUGGACUGCCACCUACCGAGGGUGCUUCCCGCUGCCUGAGAAUAUCACCCGCACCUUCUCCUCCUCCAUGACACAGGCCAACGUGACUGUGGAGACGUGUUCUGGAUUCUGUUCCCAGAAAGAGUUUCCUCUAGCCAUCCUCCGGGGCUGGGCUUGCUACUGUGCCUACCCUACCCCCCAAUUCAGCCUGCGGGACGCUGUGGAUGGAGCACUGUGCAGCCAAGGCACGGAGGCACAAGGGCUACCUGGCUACUGUGAGGUCUACCAGACACCUGUGCAAGACACCCGGUGUACAGACAGGAAGUUCCUGCCCAACAAGUCUAAGGUGUUUGUGGCUCUGUCAAGCUUCCCGGGAGCUGGGAACACAUGGGCAAGGCACCUGAUCGAACAUGCCACUGGCUUCUACACAGGAAGCUACUACUUCGAUGGAACCCUGUACAACAAAGGGUUCAAGGGUGAGAAGGACCACUGGCGGAGCCGGCGCACCAUCUGCGUGAAGACGCACGAGAGUGGCCGGAGGGAGAUUGAGAUGUUUGACUCAGCCAUCCUGCUGAUCCGGAACCCUUACCGGUCCCUAGUUGCUGAAUUCAACAGGAAAUGCGCUGGACACCUGGGCUACGCCCCUGACCGCAACUGGAAGAGCAAAGAAUGGCCGGACUUUGUGAAUAGCUAUGCCUCCUGGUGGUCCUCACACGUCCUAGACUGGCUCAAGUAUGGGAAGCGGCUGCUGGUCGUGCACUAUGAGGAGCUGCGGCACAGCCUGGUGCCCACGCUUCGGGAGAUGGUAGCCUUCCUCAAUGUGUCCGUGAGCGAGGAGCGGCUUCUCUGUGUGGAGAACAACAAAGAGGGCAGCUUCAGGAGGCGUGGCCGGCACCCUCACGACCAGGAGCCCUUCACCCCUGAAAUGAAGGACUUGAUCAAUGGCUAUAUCAGGACAGUGGACCAGGCCUUGCGUGACCACAACUGGGCUGGACUGCCCAGGGAGUAUGUGCCCAGAUGAUAGGCCCAUCCUGGUUUCCUGCUCCUGCUGAGAUGCGGUUACACUUAUGGGCUGGACACUGCUCUAGUGCAUUGAUCUGUGGAGACCCCUGGGAUGCGUGGGGGCUGACACAUAGUCAGCAGCGUGUUCUUGCAGGGACUGCUUUGUGUGCGGGGGAUCCUGAGCAGAACGAGGCUGACCCAGAGAGAUGCGCAUCAUAGGACACUCCUUGCCGGACACUUACGCAUCCUCAGACACACGUAGACAUCACCCCAUUCUCACAGUGACCAUUUUAAUGUGCCUAAGCCACUUGAGUGGGGUGGGUCAGACACUCCCAGCUUUGCACACACAGCCAGAAAUGGACAGACACACAUACACAUGUGCCAGGGUGUAUACCUGCAAAGACUGGCUAUCUGCUUUCACACAUACACAUGUGCAUACACUCAAGGCUGCAGGAGGCCCUGGGUUUCCUGGGUUCAUUUGGGCACAGACUGGCUUUUGGGGGCCCUUGGCUCUGGAAUACUGUACUGGGGAGGCACCGUUGAUAUGUGUAGUACUCUGGGGACUGAAGGUGCACAGACAGACUGUUGCUGAUGGGUACCAUAUGACCCUGGCUGCUUGUCUGACAUCCCAUAAAUGUGUGUGCUGUGACAUCCUGGGCACUGCAAACACUGUCUCUGCCUCUCUCUUCUCCGUGGAUGGUGACUGGCCACACUAUAGCAGUAUGGAGCCCAGUACUGUCCCCCAAACCCCCAACAAGCCCACAUGCUGACUUUAAGACACCCACUACUAUUCAGCUUAGCCUAGUUACUCUUUUUCAACUAACAUCAGGGCAGCUCAGAGAAGGCCACAUGCUUCUUUGUCCAACUGUUUUGGGAAACUAGAGCAUCAAAACCCUGCCCAUAAGUGGGGGAAGGGCAGAGAAAAGGAUCGGGGCUUGGCCUCUGGGGGAUCUCCAGAGUCACAGGAGACUAUGCAGCAGGAGGGGUUUGUGGUGGACGUGGGAGACCCUAGACCUCAGGGACCACUAGGACCAGUUGCCCCACAUGUUAGCAGGCCCCUACCAUGUGAAAGUCACACAGAUUCUAUUAAAACCAAGCAUAGAGACAUCCUCCCACAUGCUCAGCACUUAAGAGGUGGAAGCAAUAGAAUUGAGUGAUCACGGUCAUCUUCAACUACAUAGUGGAUUUGAGGCUAGCUGAACUACACACACACACACACACACACACACACACACACACACACACACACACGUGUGCUAGGUAUCCCUUGGCGAAGCUUGGCAUACUGCUGCCUCUCCCCAGGUAGCAGAGCUCUCCUUGAUGCUGCAUCCACUCUGACAUCGCCACCAAGUCACUGCCUCUGCCACACUCUCGGUCUUUCUCUUUGUGGCCAACCUUGCUUCCUCUCCUUGUCCUUUUCUAUCACUGAAGGAUGGUAAAAUACUGAUACAGUCUUA